AUGUCUGUUACACACUUUACAAUAACAGAUGAGGAAGUGGCCUUACAUCUCAGCACUGAGAGGGAGAAAACUGUAAGACAUAUCGAUUAUUUUUCAUCACCAAACUCUGUGAAAAAAAUUCAGGUUGGAAUCUGCUUGCUUCUGGUGGAGCUGUGUGAGAGAUUCACCUUCUUUGAAGUCGUCUGCAACAUGAUCCCCUUUUGCACCGUCAAACUGGGCUACCACAAUUACCAGGCAGCCAUUUUGAACUUGUGUUUUAUUGGAACUUCAAUACUUACUCCUGUGCUUGUGGGGUGGCUGGCUGACAUCUUCCUAGGAAGAAAUAAACUGGUGUAUAUCUGCUUAUUUCUACAUUUCCUAGGCACUGCCUUGUUAUCUGGGGUUGCUUUCCCCUCAGAAGAUUCCUACAUAGGCUCUUACCAUGUGAUUAACCACAUACCCACCAAGGAGCAGAACAGGCUGUUUCACGUAGCACUGCUAGCCAUCUCCCUUGGCACCGGAGGAAUCAGAGCCAUUGUCUGUCCACAGGCUGCUUAUGGUCUUCAGGAACACAAAUCAAAGAAACGAACAUCUCUUUUUAACUGCUGCGAGACCUUUAAUGAGAUGUGUCAUUGCAUCCGUACCACCCAACGCUUCCCCGCGAUCAUGUUAAGCAGCCUAGACUGGAAGUCUCAGGCACUGAAGGCACCACUUCCGAGUAAGGCUGCCAAAUGUUGCUCCCUCCUGGCAACAUUUGGGGUGUUUGUUAAUGCACUGAAAACAUGCUGCCUGCAGUAUUUUCAUCUUGGUAGAGAUGUGACAGACUGGUUAGACCAUGCCAAGGAAAAAAAUGGCGGCCACUACAGUGAGCUCCUCGUGGAAGACACAAAACCUUUCUUCGCCCUUCUCCCUCUCUUCAUUUUUCAACUAAUAUACAGAGUGUGCAUUAUGCAGAUUCCUUCGGCAUAUUAUCUGCAGACCAUGAAUUCCAACCUGAAUCUGGAUGGAUUUCUUCUGCCAAUUGCAGUAAUGAAUGCCAUCAGCAGCCUACCAUUAUUAGUUCUGGCUCCUUUUAUGGAGUACUUCAGCACCUGCCUGUUUCCCUCUAAGAGAGAUGGACCAUUUCUGUCAGCAUGCAUUAUUGCUGGAAAUCUUUCUGCUGCGUUGUCUGUGAUGGUAGCUGGCUUCUCUGAAAUACGCAGAAAACACUUUCCACUGCUGGAACAGCCUCUUUUAGGCCAAGUUCUGCCUGUCUCCUCCAUGCCCUGUUUCCACCUGGUUCUUCAGUACGUUUUACUUGGAGUGGCUGAAACUCUGGUAAACCCUGCCCUCUCCAUAAUAGCACACAGAUUUGUUCCAAGAACCGUCCGAGGAACUUCUAUGAAUUUUUUGACACUGUUCAAUGGAUUUGGUUGUUUCACAGGGGCACUGCUGGUGGAGUUGGUUUAUCUCAUCUCAGAAGGCAAUUGGUUUCCAAACACAUUAAACAAAGGCAAUUUAGAAAGCUUCUUCUUCUUGCUGGCAUCAUUAACAUUGUUGAACGUCCUGGGAUUCUGGAGUGUUUCGCAAAGAUAUUGUAAUCUAAAUCAUUUUAAUGCCCAGAACAUCAGUGGAAGUAAUCUUGAAGAAACACUUCUCCUCCAUGAAAAGUCUCUGAAAUUUUAUGGCAGCACACAGGAAAUUUCUUCAAGUAUUGAUCUUUGGGAGACAGCCCUAUGAAACUGUAUUUGACUCUACCUGUCUUAUGAACACAGUAUUUGUUGUUUUUUUCUUCAGUUGAACAUUUGUAUGCAUUUUAGUAUGAGAGAUAAUAUGUAGGAGAACAAAUCUAUGAAUAUUACCUGUGUACUUUAUUUAAAAAACAAUUAUGAUCCUUCUAGAAGUUAACCAGUAUGCUCGUGCAUUAACAUGCUAUGCAUUAAUAUUAAUAAAGUAAUUUCAAAGUAUAGAUAAUUCCUCUCAUCAG